UUUUUUGUGUACCAAAUGAAAUGUGAAAUGUGAAUUUGGAUUUUGUUCUUUUUAAUUAAGUAUGUAAACUGUACUGAACUAUUAGUACUGGAUAUAAAAAGUGAAACUACUAAAACUAAAGAAAUAUAUACGCGUUAUAAUGCCGGCGCCAAAAGAAGAUCUCUUAGGGCAGCUUAAUUUCAAAGUUCUGAAAGUCACUGACAAAAAAGGCAAUUUGAAAUAUGUUGCCGAGUGUGGGAAAUGUAAAAAACAACUGACGAAUACAGCGAUUCAACGGCUCAAAGGACACAAUCGUGUAUGCAAUCCAGACAAGAAUGAAAAUGAUGAUAACCGUUCACAAUCUCGUCAAUCUCCGCUGAGACGGAAUUUGGAAUCAAAAAAAGAAUUGCUUGAAAAUGGAGCUUUGGACGUAGUCGGACCUGAAUUAGACGAUAUGGACGAAUAUGCGGUGGAUAAUGACUUAUUGGAAGGAGAUUACAUCGUUUCCAGUGAUGGUUCUUUGAUCAAUGCACCAAUUCCACCAAAACGUCAAAAAUUGCAAAAUGCUUUUGAACACCUUAUGAAUAAGAGUAAACGUCUUUCUUGCUCCAAUAGUCCAACUACGAGCAGUUUGAGUGUAGCAUCAGUUAUAUCUAGCACCAGUAGCAACACAUCUGCACCUUCGUCUUGCUCAGUCAACAUAUCAUGUGAAGAUUCAGUUUCCAACAUUGGAAAAACAAAACCACAACGCAAAGCAAUUAAAAGACCAGGCAUGGCGAAGUACAUUGACAGCAUAAGUGACGAAGAAAUUGAUUCAAUUGACACAGCUUUGGCAGAGUUUUUUUUUGGUUGCAAUAUUCCAUUGUCCAUAAUCGAAUCUACUUACUUUAAAAACUUUUGUAAUCGUCUCAGACCAGCUUAUAAAGUUCCAACUCGCAAAACAUUAUCAACAACGCUUUUGGAUAAAAGUUACGAACGUUGUCUUCAGGAAAGUAAGCACAAUAUCGAUGAUGAUGCAGUCUUGAUCGUUGAUGGUUGGAAGAAUAUGUCUACGAAUACUAAGCUAGUUGUAACAAUGCUUCAUUGUGCUAAUGGAGAGAAGGCAUUUUUGCAAAGUUUUGAUUUUUCUAGCAUCCCAGAAUCAGGUGAUAAUCUGGUCGAAGUUGUGAACCAGUCGAAAGAAAAAGUUACGGAACUUUAUAAUGCCAAUAUUUAUGCAGUCGUGUCUGAUAACGCUUCUCCAAUGUUGAAAAUGGGCAGAACUGUUGAAGAAUGGCAUGUGAAUUGUAGCUCUCAUACUGGAAAUUUGUGUGCCAAGGAUUUUGUUAAUAAGGAAAUAUCAGACCAGGUGUUGGCAGUUUUGAAAGAAUUCAAACAUCCUAAUCUCGAAAAGAGACUGCUUGAAAAUGGUGGAAGAAAAGUUGCCACUUUAGGUGAAACUCGUUGGUGUUCAAUGAGAGAUUGUUUUUCCAAUUAUCAGUUUAACCGGAAGCCCAUGCUGAAAGUGAUCACAGAGAACGAAAAUUUAACCAUCAAGCCUCAUGUACAGGCAACUUUGAUCGAUCAUAAUUUCAAUACCACAGUGAAUAAUUACAUCGAGCUUUUUAACCCCAUUUGCAAACUCAUCAAUAACUGCCAGAGAAGCGAUUAUUCAAUUGCUGAUUCAGCUGCUAGUUGGUUAAAGCUAGAGUUACCCACAGCAUUUCUCAACGAUGAUCAUCUAAAAACAGUCUUGAAAAAUCGAAAAAAAAUGGGAUUAAAUAAAUAUUCUCUCACAGCGUUCUACUUGAAUCCGAAGUAUAAAAAAGAUGCGGAAUUGUUAACUGGAGAUAUGAUGAAGGAAAUAAAUGUAUUUUUAAUUGAAACUUUGAAAUCAAAUUAUGGAGAUGUGCAGAAAUAUGUAUCUCAAAAAGAAAUUUUUGGAACUCUCUUCAAUAACAAUGUGACUGAUCCGAUCGCUUUUUGGAGAGCAGCUCAACCUUUUCAUCCUGAGUUAUCAAAGCUGGCAAUCAGAUUGAUGAAGGUGCCUUCCUCAUCAGCCCAGUUAGAACGCGUUUUUAGCAAUUGGGGUUGGAUCCAUGAUAAGCUGCGUAAUAGAUUAACUGAUAUCCGGUCAGAAAAGUUGGUAUAUGUGUACUAUACUCUAAAAAUAAGAGAUCGUAACCCUUCUAGUGAUUAUGUUUUGAACUCUGAUUAAUGAUUGAUUAUUGAUAGUUGUUUUUUACUGUUACUAAUCUAAAAUAGUUACUAUUUCGUUUUUUACUUUUUUACCUUACUGUUACUAUUUCGUUUCUUUUUACCUUAUUGUUACUAUGUAUUUCGUUUUUUCAACUUUACUAUUACUAUUUCAUUUUUUUACAUUCCAUUAUAAAAUUAAAUGAUGGAAAAAAUGAAAAAAACGAGUUUUUUAACAAAAAAAAUUGUCUGUUCAUUCAUUCUACGCAUUCUACGCAUUCUACAUCUUUUCCCAAGCUAUUCUACACGUGCUAUUCUACGCGUAGAAUGACCAUGUAUUCUACAUGGUGUAUUCUACGGCACAACCCUGGGUUAUACACAAUCAACAGAUUGUAUCAUAGAUUAUGAAAUUUUAUGCAAAUGAAAUAUGUACUAUUACUAUGCUUACACCUCGAAAAUCAUACUCAUCUAGAAUGUAAUACUUACUAUAAAUAUGCUUUUAUAAAUUAUCAAAUUAUUGAUGUACGUAUGUACGUAAAAAGUACAAUGUAUGUAAUAAUAGAAUACCUACUUUCAAA